CUCUUUGUUUGGAAUUCGGGAGUCAGUCACAGUGUCCAACCGCCGACCGUUGAAAAUUGAAACUUGAAACUUGAAACUUUAAUGAAACUCGAAACGUCUCUGAAUCUUCCUCUCAUGGCCUCAACUGUCAAGAAGGAAAUAAGCGGGACCCACCGGCCUCCAACACAGUGAACAUACUCUCCGGUUUUUCCACUUCCGGAGAAAGAACAGUCAAGAGACAGCUUUUACCUAAUUCAGCUCUUCUUCUUCUUCCUCAUCCGUGUUCGAAUGCGACGAUCUCUCUCUGUCUUUGACGCUUUUUCAAUCAAACCCUGGCCCGAUUUACUGUGAUCCAAAACGUCGCUUUCUUCCGCUAAGAUCUCUAAAGGGUUUCUUCCAAAUGCAUAUAUUUGUUGCAGGGUUUCUGAGUAGUAGUAGUACUCAAGGGUUCCCCACUUGAAUCGACUAGCCAUGGCUUCUUCUUUCUUUGGGUUACUUGUCGUUUUACUGUCGCUUUUGGUUUGGGUAUGUGGGUUCCAGGGUUGCUAUGGUCGUACUUUCAGCUUCAAGAUGCACCAUAGGUUCUCCGAAACAGUGAUGAACUGGAACUGGACGCAGAAAGCUGGGAAGGGAAUCAUUUUCGACCAUUGGCCGGAGAAGGGAACUGUUGAUUACUAUGCCGCUUUGGCUGGUCGGGAUCGGAUCAUGCGAGGUCGUAGACUCGUGGAUGUCAACCAGCAUAUCACAUUCUCUGAUGGCAACUCUACUCUCCGGAUCAGCUCCUUGGGAUUUUUGCAUUACACUACCGUUUCACUGGGGACGCCGGCUAAGAAGUUUCUUGUGGCACUGGAUACCGGGAGUGACCUGUUCUGGGUUCCUUGUGAUUGCAGCAAAUGUGCACCUCCGGCAGGCUCAAAUUAUGGAUCUGAUUUUGAGGUCAAUACCUAUAACCCUGAAGAAUCAUCAACACGAAAAAAAGUUACCUGCACCAACAUUUUAUGUGCCCAACGAAGUAGAUGCCUUGGAACGUUCAGUGAUUGCCCAUAUGUGGUUUCAUAUGUUUCGGCCGAUACCUCUACUUCUGGCAUUCUAAUAGAGGAUGUUCUGCACUUAAAAAUGGAAGAUAGUUCUCCACAAGUCGUUGACGCUGUGAUAACAUUCGGAUGUGGGCAGGUCCAGACUGGUUCUUUUCUUGAUGUUGCAGCACCUAAUGGUUUAUUUGGGCUUGGUAUGGAGAAAGUCUCUGUUCCUAGCAUUUUAUCCAGAGAAGGCCUUAUAGAGGAUUCUUUCUCUAUGUGUUUCGGACGUGAUGGAGUUGGAAGGAUUAGCUUUGGAGACAAGGGUAGCCCUGACCAAGAAGAAACUGACUUCAAUCUUAACCAAUUGCAACCAAUGUAUAACAUCAGUGUAACUCAAAUGCGUGUGGGGACAAGUCUAAUUGAUACAGAUUUUAGUGCUCUUUUCGACUCUGGUACUUCCUUUACCUAUCUGGUUGAUCCAGCAUAUACACGGAUAUCUAAGAAUUUUGAUUUACAGGCAAAAGACAGACGUCGUCCACCAGAUCCAAGGAUCCCUUUUGAAUAUUGUUAUGAUAUGAGUCCUGGUGCAAAUAGUAGUUUGAUACCAAGCAUGAGCCUAACCAUGAAAGGUGGGAGCCAGUUUCCUGUGUAUGAUCCUAUAAUUGUCAUCUCCACUCGGGCUGAACUUGUAUAUUGUUUGGCUAUUGUCAAGAGUGAUGACCUGAACAUAAUCGGGCAGAACUUCAUGACUGGCUACAGGAUAGUAUUUGAUCGAGAGAGAUUUGUCUUGGGCUGGAAGAAGUUUGAUUGUUAUGACAUCGAGUAUUCCAAUACAUUCCCAGUAAAGUCACCAAAUUCUACUACUGUUCCCAAAGGAGUUGCAGUUGGACAAGGUGAUUACUCUCCAGAAGCAACAAGGGAGAGAAGGAACAGUUCCCAGAUCUCAAUGGGGCCACCUCCUUUUCCAAACUGCUCAUCUCAUCUGCGCUACUACUGUUUCAGAAUUCUUUUCAUGUUGUCCUCAUUUUUUUAUGUGAUUUUUUAAUCAUUCUUUUCAAGUUCUAGAAGCCCUGUACAGUACAUAUAAUAAUACCCCUGUAUCAUGUAUUGACAAAGAUCAGGCACAGGUUACAUCAAAUUUGAGGAAUUUCACUACAAGUUUUCCUUUUCA